AUGAUUGCUCUACAGAACCUAUUCCACUUACAACUUAGUGGGAGGGAUUGGCUUUGUGCUGGGAACCCAAUUGCCCACCGUCUGGUCUUUGAUGCCGUCAGCGCGCCGGACCAAACCAAGGUAUUCGUACAUACCGCAAGGUUGAGCCGAGUCGAGUCGAGGGAUCUACGGAUGCUUGGGAUGGUCGCUGCUCAGUCACCACUCAUCAACCGAGGAGGUGCCCCUCCUUUCUUCCCCUCCAUUGACAUCAACCCUGUUCAAGUCCCGCGCCCAAAGUCGACGAGGAGCAGACAGAAUAACCCGAAUAAUCCACGAGAGCCCGCUCGCUCACUAAUCCUCGCUCUCCGUCUCCCUUGUUCCUCCGUCCAAGUUCAACUCCACGUCCUUGACGGUCCGGCGAGAGCGGGCGGGCGCUUUUCAGGCUUGGGCUGUCUAAAAUCACAAAGACAACCUGUGCCAACCUCUGUCUCACCACGCAAAAGGGCGAGCCGCGGUGCGGUUGCGGGACUCGACAACUUCAACAAGUAUCAAAGUACAGUACAUGGCACGCUAAGGCGGCACCAAGAGGUGGGCUGCAACUCGCCUUCGCGCCGCACCACGCUGCCAUGCCCUGCCUGGCGUACCACCACGGUACGGAUACCGCGUAGGUACCCAUACCUUAUCCCAAUUCACCCCAUCCACACAUGCGUCGGGUCCGUUCUGUCGUACCCAUUCACCCCUCUACACCCCUACCUCAGAGAGGCUUUGCUUUCCCCCUUCUUCUCUACAUCUCUCAUCCAAAGAAACAUUCAUAGUCGAGCCAGCUUCAUCACUGACAUCACACACACCAUGGCCGAUCACACCUCCGCCGCAGCGUAUGUCACCCCGCCUUCCUACCCCACCAACAUUCCCUUCCGCUGUGCUUUGCGAUUCCGGAGUUCUAUGGAGCUCAAGGAGAACACCGUCAUCGUUGUUCUCGGUGCUUCCGGAGAUUUGGCAAAGAAGAAGACUUACCCUGCUCUGUUCGGUCUGUACCGAAACCAGUUCCUCCCCAAGGACAUUAAGAUUGUCGGAUAUGCGCGGACAAAGAUGGACCACGAUGACUACAUCCGCCGCAUCAGAUCCUACAUGAAGACACCCACAAAGGAGAUUGAGCAGCAGCUCAACGACUUCUGCAACCUCUGCACCUACGUCUCUGGCCAGUACGAUAAGGACGAGUCAUUCCAGAACCUGACCCGGCACCUCGAGGAGCUCGAGCAGGGCAAGCCUGAGACUCACCGUCUCUUCUACAUGGCACUUCCCCCCAGUGUCUUCACCAUUGUCUCCCAGCAUCUCAAGAGAUGCUGCUACCCCACCAAGGGAAUUGCACGCGUUGUCAUUGAGAAGCCCUUUGGUAAGGAUCUUGCCAGCUCCCGGGAGCUUCAAAAGUCCCUCGAGCCCGACUGGAAGGAGGAUGAGCUCUACCGCAUUGACCACUACCUCGGCAAGGAGAUGGUCAAGAACAUCCUUAUCCUUCGCUUCGGUAACUCCUUCUUCGGCUCCACCUGGAACAGGCAGAACAUCGACAACGUCCAGAUUACCUUCAAGGAGCCCUUUGGCACCGAAGGCCGUGGCGGUUACUUUGACGAGUUCGGUAUCAUUCGCGAUGUUCAGCAGAAUCACUUGCUUCAGGUCCUCACCCUGCUCGCCAUGGAGCGCCCCAUUUCCUUCGCCUCGGAGGACAUUCGUGACGAGAAGGUGCGCGUUCUCCGCGCCAUGCCCGCCAUCGAGCCCAAGAACGUCAUCAUCGGACAAUACGGCAAGUCAUUGGACGGCAGCAAGCCAUCGUACAAGGAAGACGAUACUGUCCCCAAGGACUCGAGGUGUCCCACUUUCUGCGCCCUUGUCGCAUACAUCAAGAACGAGCGCUGGGAUGGCGUUCCGUUCAUCAUGAAGGCCGGCAAGGCCCUCAACGAACAAAAGACUGAGAUCCGUAUCCAGUUCAAGGACGUUACCUCGGGUAUCUUUAAGGACAUUCCCCGCAACGAGCUUGUCAUGCGCAUUCAGCCCAACGAGAGUGUCUACGUGAAGAUGAACUCCAAGCUGCCCGGUCUCAGCAUGCAGACUGUCGUCACCGAGCUUGAUUUGACCUAUCGCCGCCGCUUCUCUGACCUCAAGAUCCCCGAGGCUUAUGAGUCAUUGAUUUUGGACUGCCUGAAGGGCGACCACUCUAACUUUGUCCGUGACGACGAGCUGGACGCCAGCUGGAGAAUCUUCACCCCUCUGCUACACUACCUGGACGACAACAAGGAGAUCAUCCCCAUGGAAUACCCCUAUGGAUCUCGUGGCCCUGCUGUCCUCGACGACUUCACCUCCUCCUAUGGCUACAAGUUCAGUGAUGCGGCUGGAUACCAGUGGCCUACUACCUCUGCUCAGGCCGCCCCGAACAAGUUCAAACCCCUCCACCCCCGCUACACCAACUACAAAAAACCACACUUUCGGCCAAUGCACCCGCGAUAUCCCACUGCGCCGCCUAUGGCAUUCGCAACGACGAUGGACAUUUCUUCGCUUUGCUUGGCCGAACGGUUCGUAUCCGAAAGGUAUACCAAGACACGACUGUCCUCGACAGAGCCGGGUUUUGAUGCAACGAGCCAGCCCAGAAUGCAGCUUACAGCAAUGUGCAAAAUGGCCAUCGUGACUUUACAGCUGGAAACGAUAUAUGAAGGUUCCCGCCCUGCUUGUAUGCCUGGCUGCACGCUCUCACCAUCGCAUCACCACUUGCCCAAUUACCUAGCAGUCAACAAACUGAACGUUUUUGCGCGGCCCGACUUCCACGACCCUUCGGAGACUCCGUAUGCACCGAAUACCUCGACUUGCGAAUUACUCUCCACGGAAAUCAACGAUACAAUUCCGACAACGAUCUCGCUUGAUGCGAUUGCGCUGUCCUGCUGGCUUGCGCAUCCGGCGCCGAUGACUGAAUCCCGUCUGACGGCCACCUCGGACCGGGACCAGCAUUUCAUUAUCCUCCCUUGCUCAUCUGGCACAGCUUCACUCAGCAUUAGCAGGAAGGGCCCUCCCCCGAUGCCUGGAAUCGUCAACAUGGAGAAUGGGGGUUUGAACGGCACACAUCCGAACCAUGACAGAAACCUAAAGGUCAACGGCGCCAAUGGUGGAACGAUGGAAGGACAGCCGAAUAAGGGCAAGGCGCCAGCCGACACCCCUGGGGCCGGUAACAUGGCGAAUGGCCUUUCCGGCGGAAACUCUCAAAACGACUCCCAAGGAAAGCAACAAUCGCAGAUGUCGACCGGGUUGACAUUACAGCAAAAACCGAGGAUGAACGACCUACCCGAGGAGAUUGUGCACAUCACCCAGGGGUACAUUCCACUAUCGACGAUUGUCGCGCGACUGGCGCAACACACCCACGAAGAGCUACAGAAGACCGUCAUCGAAAUGGGUUCCAUCAAGUGGGCACCUCCUGCAGUGAACGGGAAUACACCCCAUGGCAGCGAUGCACCUGACGAUAUGUCAGAAGGAAAUAAGAGAAAGAAGAUGCUCAUGAUCAAGUUUGCACAAGACGCACAUUCCAAAUGGGUCAAGGCCCUCGUCAUUACGGACUGGAGCAAGAACGCGGAGGCUGUUAGCAAGCUUAUCGACAUCAAGGCACACAUUGACUCGAAACGUAUGCUAUAUGACUACUCCCAGGACUUGCUGAUUGACCUGAAGCGUUCGCUGGACAACGCCCGACUUCCCAACCCUGACUUGAAGACGGCUCUGCAAGUCCUAACGACUGGUGAAGCAUCAUGGAUUCCAGAGCCUGGAUAUAUACCACCACCGCCAUUGACAGCAGAAGAACAGCUGAAAUGGAUCGAUGAUCUUAACACGAUGCUCUCUCUUCGCCUGAAUCUGGAAGACUACGACAAAAUACCACAUCAGUUCAAGAAUUACAGUAUUCAGUCUGGUAGAGUCACUUUCGUAGUGAAGGGCGAGUUUGAAGUGGAUUUGACAAUCGCCGAUGAGGACUUUACCCAACAAUUCUGGUUCAUUGACUUCCGAUUCGCCUUUUCGCCAUCGUCAAGCAAGCUCUCUGACGCGCUGGUGUCAUUCCUCGAAGCACACGUUAACGAAACCCUCGGAAAGGAAGGUCUCGAAGGGUGCUACCGAUUUCUGCACGAGUUUGUGCUCACGCACAAGAUCAGCGAGCUCAGGAGACAGGCCAUCGAGCUGAGUCGAAGCACAUGGACUGGCACGUUGAUGGUGGAACCUCUCAACAGAGCCUUAGCCCUACAAUACUGGACCACUCGAUACGGAGCCAACGGACCAAAGAGCUGGGUCAUGAUUGCAGUGAACAGUGCCAAGAAGACGAAUGGGCAGACUGAUUCGAAGCACUCCAGUCGAUUAGUUGCACGCUGGUACCGGGACAACAAGGAAGUCAAGGAUGUGUUCCUGCCAUUUGAUGUGGACAACUUGUGUGCCGAAGACCUCCUCAAGACAGCAGUGGCCAGACACGUUGAGCACAUUCUGUCAUCCAUCCACACCAAGCUUCUAUCAUAUCCUCGGUUCGUCAACAGGGAGUCCUCGAUGACUUUGACAGUCUCUCAAAUGGAGCCGAUGGAAUCAUCCUUGAGCAUGCAACUGGGCCCUCGGGAUAACGUUACACUCCUUAUACAACCCAUCACUGGAUUCGCCGCGAUCAAGCCUCACGCGAAAUAUACACUACAAGGAGAAACCCGCCUCAACUACGGCGGCAAAGACCCCGCAGAGGACGGAGUUACCUGCCUGGAGAACAUCAGAUGGGGCUAUUUCAUUGAAGAGUGCAGCCGCAGAGGACGAAGUGUGGGCUGGAAGACUUGCAAGAGUCCCCUUGGUGGCGAAGACAUCAAGCAAAUCAUUCGGACUCGUGAGGCAUUCCAGACUAUUUUCAUGCAGCGCCAGAGCCUAGAUCAAAGCUGGUUCGUUAUGGUGUCCUUGAGCCUGAGUGGCGACGAAUGGUGGCUGCUUGAUAUUGACCGCAACACGCCAACACGUCCACUCAAGUUUCAUACCAAACUACAACUCACUCGAGGGCAACCAGAUCUGGAUGAUGCCUUCUGGUCUCACCUGACACUCUUUGUGACUGGCAUCGUUCAACAGGCUACUGACUUGGAACACUUACAUAAGGGCAAGAUCCAAUACUUAAUGAAGGAGUCUACUAAUUACGCACUGCCACAACAAGUACGGCUUCCGUCUCUGGUCAUCAAGCUGUCCCAGAUCUUGGGGUCAUCAGAAUCAGGCGCACAGGAUGGCCCCAAAGACACCUCGAGGCAAUUGGGCAAACAGGACUCAUCUUGGGCGCAGGAUCAAGUCGAAGUGAAGUUCAAGGGACUUCAAACUCGGCCUACAGCCGCCCAGGGCCAAGAUGGCAAUGCUCCCUCGGCUGCGGAGGUGCUUGAGAACGCCGAACUCAACACUAUUGUUGACGCCAUUGUCCGGGUCAAAGACAAGACUAAAUUUGCACUGCUCAAGGGCCGUAUCGACCGCAACGUCUCCUUCAGUCCCAAGAAGGGCGAAUUCAUAUUCCGCAUACGCUACUUGGUUGGGCAACCUAUUCUAGAGACUUUGACAACCCAUGUCAAGUCUAUUGAUCGCCUUGUAGGCUUCCUCGAGGCCAUGAGCAAAGCAAGGGGUUCUGUUAAGUGCGAAAGAGUCAGCCUUCAGCAGGUCGUCUUCACGUACAGCGAUAUCACAAUGCCAGGCGAGAGCGAUCAGACUCAGAAGCCAAAACGCUGGAGGGUAUCCCUCGACUUGGCUAAGAGUCAGAUUAGAAUGUCCCUGGAGAAGGGGAACCCGCACGCGAGAGUUCUUGACCUACUCACGACGUUGGUGAAUACCCAGGACGGACUCAGAGUCUUAAUCUUUUAUAUGCCGGUACUCCUCCCAGUUCUGAGGACCCUCGAGAAUAUCGAAUCGAAAUGGGAACCCCUCGAAACAACCAACCAAGGUCGCGUCGAGAUCUUCACCAGGUCCAUCGACUGGAUUGCUCUUCGUUAUACUCUGCCUAGUCCGACAGGCGAGCCUCGAGUUUUGGUACUUGAGAUACGAAGCAGGAUGCGGCGCAACGAGAUGUGGUGGAAUUUCACUCGUGCAACACAGGGCGUGGUGGCCCCUGACGAGGAGUUCAACAAGAUCCUGAAGGGAGUUUGGGAAUCUCACGGCAAUGGCUGGAGAGGUCUUAGGACGAGCGCAGCCUCGCGGCCUGGCCCAAGCACCAUGGAGUUGCUCACGAAGCUCGACGACCUGGUGCGAGCAUACGCUGUGACUGGUGAUGUUAGCAGCGCACCAUCAACCGAGGGCCAACCGACACAAACCAGUCAAUCAACUUCAAUCAAUCAGUCUUUUGGAACGCAGCCAACGAGCGUGAGCCAAGGGAGCAAUAGGAACGGUGGAGGAAGUAAGCAAGCGCCCUUGGUCCUCGAUUGA